AUGGCCCCAGCUACCUGCUGCUGCUGCGCCGACUCUGCAAGUCAGGCAAUGCCAGAUAUGGAGCCAACCAUCUUCCCAGCGUCCGAGAUCAAGGAGGAAAUUCAGACGAUGAUCUCCAGCUAUUCCAGCCGUCUGGGACACGACUUCAAUCAGGAUCUGACCAAGCCGUGUAACAUGUUCUGCAUGGCAUGGGCCGUCCUCCUGGAACGUUUCACCGGACUUGACAAUGUAUGCUUCGGGUUCCGGAGUGAGCACAUGGUCACUGCUGGAUCGGAGCGCACAGGCGGCGUCGCAUCUGCCAUGCAGGUGCAUGUCACUGCCGAUCACAGCGUUCAAGAAAAUCUUGAUGAGAAUGCUUUCGUCUCGGUGAUGAUACCAGAGACCAAAGCUGAGACACUUUUCAACACCACACUUUCCAUCUGCAACUUGGACAAGCAGCCUUUAUGUGAAGAUGAAGCCAGAAAAAUCGAUUCAUGCUGCAAGUUACACAUGUCAGUGGAUCCUGCCACUAUGAAGACUUUGUUGUCAUGGGACUCCACCUUCAUGACAAGAGAGCAAGCAGAGACCAUCAGCAACACCUACGACAAGAUAUUCAGGGAGAUUUCUUCGCAAAAGAGAACUACCGUGUCCGCUAUCCAUUGCUGUAGUGAACAAGAUGAACUAAAGAUCCUGUCAUGGAACGGCUCUCCAUUGAACAAUGUACAGAAAUGUAUUCACCAAGCUGUGUCAUGGCAGGGAGCAAUGAGACCUGACGCAGAGGCAGUCUGUUCUUGGGAUGGGAGCUUUUCCUAUGCCCAGCUACUGUCUCUAUCAGAUCGUCUCGCCUUUCACCUGCAGAAGUUAGGUGUCGGAGCCGAGACCUUCGUGCCUAUCUGCUUUGACAAAUCCAAGUGGACCAUUGUUGCCAUGCUGGCUAUCCUCAAAGCUGGUGGCAUAUUCGUACCACUUGAUCCCACCCAGCCUCUGUUGCGAUUACAAAAUCUGACACGCAAGGUGGAUGCUGAUACUAUCUUGUGUUCUCCCCAGCAUCAAGAAAUGAUUAAAAGCAUAGCAUCCAAUGUGAUUCCUGUCGAUGCUCAGCUCUUCGAAAGUCUCGCUGAGCAGAGAGGAGAAGUCGACUGUGGUUUAUGGAGCUCCGGAGCGUACAUGAUCUUCACAUCUGGAACCACUGGAGAGCCCAAGGGUGCCUUGAUCCAGCAUGGGGCUUUGUUAUCAAGUGCGCUUGCUCACGGACCUGCGAUGAUGAUGGACAACAACACACGAUCACUCCAUUUCGCCGCAUCAACCUUUGAUGUUAGCAUCACUGAAAUCCUAACGUGCUUGAUUCUUGGUGGCUGUGUUUGCAUACCCAGCGAGGAGGCACGACUGAACGCCAUCGAAGAAGCCAUUACGCAGCUUCGAGUCAACUGGGCGCUAUUAACACCAACAUUUGUCAAGUUCAUCAACCCUGACAAUGUCCCGUCAUUGAAAACUCUUGUCACUGGCGGAGAAGCCAUGACACAAGCUGUCAUUCGAUCAUGGUCUCAUAUCAAUCUCAUCAACUGUUAUGGCCCCGCUGAAACAUCCGUUGUCUCACACGUUCAUCGAGGCAUGAGAGAAGGCAAGAACCCAUUGAACAUUGGUCACCAAGUUGGCAUCCACUGCUGGGUUGUUGAUCGGUAUAAUCACAAUCGUCUCAUGCCAGUCGGAGCCGUCGGAGAACUUGUCAUUGAAGGCCACACACUUGCCCGGGAGUACUACAAAGAACCCGAGAAGACAAGUGAGGCUUUCAUCGUUGAUCCUGAAUGGGCUCUCAAUCAGUCACACCAUGACAGCCCAAGACGGAUGUACAAGACCGGUGAUCUUGUCAGAUACAAUAACGACGGCUCCUUUCACAUCGCUGGACGAAAAGACGCACAGAUCAAGUUUCAUGGACAGCGAAUUGAGCUUGGCGAGAUUGAGUACCACAUCAACGUUGGUACGAGUAUCAAGCAUGGCAUGGUCGUUUUACCCAAGGCAGGAUUCUGCGAAGGUAGACUGCUAGCGAUUGUUCAGCUAAGUGAUUCAUUGGGUCACGAUCUGGUGCCGAACGGUCAGCCCUACGAACUGAUUAAUGGACCUCUGGAGCAAGUUGCGGUUGCCAAGGUUGAAGAGACAAAGCAACUUCUCACUGAAAGGUUGCCUUCAUACAUGGUUCCUUCUAUGUGGCUUGCCGUCGAGUUCAUUCCUCGUCUACAAUCAGGGAAGCUUGAUCGCAAGCGGACGGGGAAGUGGGUGGAGGACAUGUCCGAGGCUAUCUACCGCAAACUCAACCCCGUGGCCGUCGGCAGCCUUUUGGAGAGUCUGACAUUCUCGAAUGACACAGAAUCUCAGCUACACAACAUCUGGACUCAUGUUCUCAAUCUCAAACCCGAACAACUUGGCCUCAGCCAAUCCUUCUUGAGUGUCGGUGGCGACUCCAUCUCAGCCAUGCAAGUUAUGAGCGAGUGUAAGAAGCGCGGCCUGGGAUUGACUGUCUCGAACAUUAUUAGUUGCAAGUCAAUCAGCGCCCUUGCAAGACAUGUGAAGGAGAUUGAGAAGCCACUGCUACUCCAAGAGACCACCGAAACGCCAUUUGAGCUCUCACCUAUCCAGAGGCUCUAUUUCUCCAGAUCCAAUCAUGACCAGGGCCAUUACAACCAGAGCUUCCUUCUUCGCGUGAGCCGGCGUAUUGAUGAAUCCGCUAUGCGCAGAGCCAUUGAGGUUGUCAUACGGAAACACUCAAUGCUUCGCGCUAGAUUCAGUCAAGAUGCUGGUGGUAAGUGGCAACAGAGAGUCACCGACAAGGUUGAGAGCUCUUAUCGUUUGCGAUCAGUUCAAUUAUCCUCAAACGAACAGCUCAGUCAUGCUCUUAUCGACAGUCAGACAUGUCUUGACUAUGCCAACGGCCCACUCCUUGCUGCUGACCUUCUUGAUGAAGAGGGUCAAGACCAACGCUUGUUCGUCGUCGCUCAUCAUUUGAUCAUAGACCUUGUCUCUUGGAGAAUUGUUCUUCAAGAAUUGGAGGAGCUAUUGCUGCGACCUGAACUAAAACCCGAUAUGGAUAGACCCUUGCCUUUCCAGACUUGGUGCCAGAUGCAACGGGAGCAUGCCAGUGCUCAGACGCCGGAACAAGCACUUCCAAUCCAUGGAAUCCCCGAUGGGGACCCUGCCUAUUGGGGAAUGGAGAACACACCCAAUGUUUAUGGUCAGAUGGUUCACGAAGGAUUCGAAGUCGGAUCUGCACAGACGUCUCUCUUGUUAUCCAAGUGCCACGAUGCCUUACGCACUGAGAUUCCGGAUGUUCUCAUGGCGGCUAUGGUCUACUCGUUUGGCCAGACUUUCACCGAUCGUCAAACACCGGCGAUCUUCGCCGAAGGGCACGGCCGAGAGUCUUGGGACCCUUCCAUUGACAUGUCUAACGUUGUUGGAUGGUUCACGACUAUUUACCCAGUCUUUGCUGGUUCUGAUGCGACAUCCACUCUUAUUGACACCAUCAAGAUGGUCAAGGACGGUCGGCGUAAAGUCCCCGACAACGGAAGGCCAUACUUCGCUAGUCGCUGGUUGACACAGAGUGGCGAGGAGGCCUUUUCUCGUCACUGGCCAUUAGAGAUCACGUUCAAUUAUCUUGGUCAAUACCAGCAACUUGAGCGCGAGGGUGCUCUAUUUAUCCCUGUCAAGGGCAUCGCAGGAGAAGUCAGCAGCGCUACAGAUGGCGCUGACGUCGGACCUCUAGCGACUUGCAUUUCUCUAUUUGAGGUUUCUGCUGUUAUCACCAAGGGAACUCUGAGGUUUUCAUUCUUGUUCAACCAGAACAUGAAACACCAACCCAAAAUCCGUGAGUGGAUUGCUUCAUGCGAGCAUAAUCUCGGCCUUUUGCUUGAGUCCCUAGCUGUCAUGUCACCAGAGCCAACAUUGAGCGACUUCCCACUCGUUUCCCUGACUUAUGAUCGUCUUAGACUAUUGACUCAAGAGAAGUUGCCCGAAAUUGGUAUUGAAGACAUGGAUAGAGUCGAGGAUAUUUACCCUUGUUCUCCAAUGCAAUCGGGACUGCUGGUCAGCACAACAAAGGACAGUGCUGCCUAUGCUGCUUACACACUCCAUCAAGUCAAGAGCAGAAGCGGUGGAACAGUGGAUGUGAUGAAGCUUGCCGAUGCCUGGAAGCGUGUGGUAGACUAUCAUCCUAUGCUGAGAACAGUCUUUGUGGAGAGUGUGACUCUUGAUGAGUCUCUAUUUGACCAGGUUCUGCUGAAGGAGGUUCAAGUCCCUCUCGUUAUUUCCGAAUUGGAAACAGACGAAGAGGUGAUCAGGACUUUGGACAAAGCACGACACCACGACGAGUACUCUCAGCUGCUACACGUCUUUGAGAUCUGCAAAACCACGUCCGGCAAUGUCUUCUGCAAGUUAGACAUCAGCCAUGUCAUCAUGGAUGGAACGUCUCUCUCGAUCCUCUUUCGCGACCUUUCACUGGCCUACGCUGGCAUCCUUGGGCCCGAUAAAGGUCCACCAUACAGCGAAUACAUCAGAAGCCUACAGCACCAAGGUCUACAACAUGGUAUAGAGUAUUGGAAGUCAUACCUGAUGGGUAUAGAGCCUUGUCACUUCCCGGUCCUUGAUGACGGCGAAGUUGUUGAGACACGAGAGUCGAAGUGCUUCAGGGUUGAGUUCGACGAGCUAGCUCAGCUACAGCGCUUAUGCGACGAUCGGGGAGUAACUAUCGUGAACGCCAUCUAUGCUGCUUGGGCGUUGGUGCUGCGUCUGUACACUGCGUCAGAGGAAGUCUGUUUCGGCUACCUUACAUCCGCCCGCGACUCACAGAUCGAAGGCAUUGAAGACGUUGUUGGGCCUGUCAUUAACAUGGUUACAUGCCGUGCCAACAUUAGCGAUUCGACUACUUUGGGCAACACAAUGACUGUUGUGCAGAAUGACUUCCUCAACAGUCUGGAACAUCGUCACAUACCGCUCGCCCAGGUCCAGCACGCGCUCAAGCUCUCUGAUGUUGCUCUCUUCAACACGGCGCUGUCGUACAGAAAGCUUCCACCCGCACCGCAGGAUGCACCCGAUGUUGUGUUUGAAGAAGUCCGCCCGACUUAUGACCCUGAUGAGUACGAUGUGUCUAUCAACAUCGAGGCUGGCAAGAACGACAUGAUGAUUGACCUGACGUACUGGUCUGAUACCAUGUCAGAUGGACAAGCCACCAAUGUUGCGAGCGCUUUUACCACAGCGCUCAGCAACAUCCUGCACCACAGCGACAAACCUGUUGCUCAGCUCAACCAUCUUGGUCCACAACAUCACCGGCAAAUCUCCCAGUGGAAUAACACCAUCCCCGAGGCCGUUGAAAGCUGCGUACAUGGCCUGUUUGAAGAGCAGGCAGUGCUUCGUCCUGAGGCCCCUGCAAUUACUUCGUGGGAAAUCGACUUUACCUAUGCCGAGCUUGACACAGCCUCUACCAGACUCGCUCACUAUCUGGCCGACCUAGGCGUUAGCUUGGAGCAAUUUGUGUUGGUUUGUUUUGACAAAUCUGCCUUUGCAAUUGUCGCUAUGUUGGCUGUUCUAAAGGCAGGUGGCGUAUGUGUUCCUCUCGAUCCAGCCCACCCAGACGCUGCGAUUAGACUUCGUGCAGAGGACACAGGUGCUUCCAUCGCCGUUGUGUCCUCUUCAAUGGCGUCUCGACUCAGCAACAUAGUCGAAAAGACAGUGGUUGUAGACUCACACCUUCUUCAAACCAUCUCAGAGAAUGCAACUCUUCCCCAGAUCAAUCCUCACAAUGCAUGCUUCGUCAUCUAUACAUCUGGAAGCACUGGCCGACCCAAAGGUGUUGUCUUGGAGCACCGUGGAAUUGCCACCAACGCCAAGUCCUCGGGACCGAAGCUUGGAUACGGCGAGGAAUCGAGAGUACUCCAAUUUGCCUCUUACACCUUUGACAACAGUCUGGCUGAGAUAUUCACCACACUCGCUCUCGGAGGCUGCGUAUGCGUGCCCUCAGAACACGAGAGGUUCAAUGACCUGGCUGGGGCCAUCAGUCGUUACAGGGUGACGCUGGCCGACAUCACUCCAACAGUUGCCUGUCUGAUCAACCCGUUGGACGUUCCCACCCUCAAGACUCUGGCUCUGGGAGGCGAGGCGGUGACUCACAAGUGUGUUGACAUCUGGCGCGACUUUGUGUCUCUGCAGUGUUGUUACGGACCAUCUGAGUGUUCUGUCAACUCCACCUACUCCGGCGAGAUCGCUCAACCGGGCAAGGCUACCAACAUUGGCCGUGCUGUUGGAAGUGUCACUUGGGUGGUCGAUGCUACUGAUCACAAUCGUCUGUUACCGAUCGGUUGCAUCGGGGAGCUCCUCAUUGAUGGUCCCAUUGUCUCUCGUGGCUACCUCAACUUGCCCGAGAAGAUGGCACAGUCCUUUGUAGCACCACCAUCCUCUCUUGGAGACAUGUGUCGCGAGGGUAACCUGAGUCGCAAGCUCUACAAGACAGGCGACCUGGUACGCUAUAACUCUGAUGGUACACUUACAUACUUUGGACGUAAGGAUACUCAGGUUAAGCUUCAUGGUCAGCGUAUUGAGCUUGAGGAGAUUGAACAUCAUCUUGAGCAAAACCUGCCCCAGGACUGGACGUCUGCCGUCGAGCUCAUUCAGUUCGAAGGCAAAAAGUCUCUUGCCAGUUUCAUUUGUGCCGACUUGGGCGCUGUUCGUAGUGCCAGCAACGAGAAGAACACUGUGUUGACUAUGGACGACUCGUUCAGAUCGCUGGCUAAAGAAUUGGAGAUUUCCCUCUCGAACAAUCUACCUGCUUACAUGAUCCCUUCUGUAUGGUUCCCAGUUUCAGAGAUGCCCAUGACGUCGUCAGGAAAGCUGGACCGCCGAAGCCUUCGAUCGAUGGUUCAAUCACUGCCUGCUUCAGAAAUGACCUCUUACAAGUUGGCAUUAAAGAGCGGACGAGCCCCGACGAGCGACAUGGAGAAGCAACUAGCUAGCAUGUGGGCUCAUGUGCUGAACGUCGAUGUGAACACCAUUGGAGUCGAGGAUCACUUCUUCAGACUUGGAGGAGACUCAAUCGCCGCGAUGCAAUUAGUGACGCUGGCGAGAAAGUCCAACAUCAAUCUCACUGUCACUGGUGUCUUUCAGAAAGUAUCUCUGCUAGACAUGGCCCAAUCGGCACUCCCGUUAUCCAGAGCUGCCGUCACAGCUGUCCAUCCAUUUUCACUAUUACCUGAAGUGGUAUCGCUGGAUGCAUUGAAAGAGGAGAUUGGGUCCUACACUCGAAUCCAGGUUGGAGACGUUGAAGACAUUUACCCUUGCACUCCUCUCCAACAGGGUCUCAUGGCUCUGUCAGCCAAGGAGCCAGGAGCGUACGUUGCCCAGCUUGUCUUCCGCCUGCCGAAUGGUACAGACCUCGACAACUUCAAGAUGGCAUGGCGGCUCGUGAUUGAAGCCGAAGGAACUCUACGAACUAGACUUGUGCAGACAACCGACCAUGGUAUCCUGAACGUGGUCGUGAAGGGGGAUGCUCCUCAAUGGUCCACCGAUCGCAGCCUGUUGGAUCUGCAACGUCUUCGAUCCCAGCUUCCGUCACAAAACGGCGGAAGGUUGACUGACUACGCGAUUGUUGAGGAUGGUUCCGAUGUCUCAUUUGUGUGGACUAUCCAUCAUGCCCUUUACGACGGCUGGUGUCUACCUCUUAUUCUGGACAAGGUCAAGCAAUGCUACGAGGGCAUUCAAUCCUCCACCACACCGGAGCCCAUCGCCAGCGGACCUUCCUACUCUAGGUUCAUUCGGCAUCUUACAGAGACUGAUCCCAGCCAAGACAUCAAGUUCUGGGAGUCAUAUCUCUCUGAUAUCUCAACUCAGCACUUUCCCCGCCUUCCCGACCCCGACUACAAGUCAAGCGCAAGUGGUCUCAUCAUUCACAAGACUGGUUUCGACCAUUCCAGGGACAGUUUGAAGUCUGCUGGGUUGGGAAUCACCACAGCUACAAUGAUCCGCUCCGCCUGGGCAUUGGCAGUGUCGACCUAUGCGGCAUCAGACGAUGUUGUCUUUUGGGAAACCAUGACAGGUCGCGAUGCUCCUGUUGACGGGAUUGAGGAGAUGAUAGGCGCUACACUGGCGACUGUUCCGACACGGAUAGCAUUGGACCGCUCACAAAAGGUCUCCGACCUUCUCAGCUCCGUUCAAGCCCAGUCUGCAGUAGUCCGAAUGCACCAAUUCGCAGGCAUUCAUCGCAUCAAACGUAUCAACACUGAUACCGCUUUUGCAUGUGGUGCACAGAAUCUUCUAGCUAUCAACUAUGGGCCACGGGAGUCGACAGACUCGUUUUGGUGCGAUCAGACCAACGAGAUGGCUGGGACCAACUUCUACUCUUACCCACUCAUGCUGUCAUGUCACGUCGCAGAUGGCAAGCUUGAGACUGUUGUUCACUUUGAUCCUGAAGUCAUUUGCGAGUCACAAAUGCACCGCGUUAUGGAUCAGUUCGCAUUGAUGUUGACAGCCGUCACGUCCAAAGAGCUGACGGAUGAGAAACUAAGUGAUCUCGAACUCAUAAGCACUCGGGAUUACCAGUCGCUUUCCGAGAUGAAUGGUCAAAUGGUACCCCCAUGCGACAUGCGUGUACACGAUGUGAUCAAAGCAUCAGGAAUCGCCCAGCCGAGUGAUAAGUUGUCCGUUUGCGCGUGGGAUCAGAAUCUCACAUAUGAAGACCUGGAUUCUCAAUCUACACAUCUUUCAUCUGUCCUGAUUGAAGCUGGUGUUCGCCCCAACACAUUUGUUCCUUUCUGUAUGGAGAAGUCAUCUAUGGUCGUUGUAUCAAUUCUGGCUAUCCUGAAGUCUGGUGCUGCUUUUGUGCCUUUGGACUAUGCUCAUCCUGACGCUCGAAUCAGUGGCAUCAUUACCGAUGUUGAGGCGGAAUUCGUCCUUUCUUCCCCCCAAUACACCGAGCGCCUGACAAAGCUUAUCCCAAAGGUCAUCUCUGUCUCUAAAGAUACGAUUCAGGACUCGAUGCAGCUUCAACAACAUGACCUGUCUGUGCCUACCAAGUCUCCAGCCUAUUGCAUCUUUACAUCUGGUACAACUGGACGGCCCAAGGGAACAAUCAUCGAUCACUCCGCCUUCUGUACUGGAGCUCUGGCCCACGGAAAGGCUAUGGGCAUGAAUGAAUCAUCCCGAGUGUUACAAUUUGCCUCGCAUACAUUUGAUGCAAGCAUUAUGGAAACUCUCAGCACCCUGAUCCACGGCGGAACUGUCUGUGUGCCUUCGGAGGAAGAACGCAGUCACGAUAUUGCAGGAUUCAUUCGUCGCAUGUCUGUCAAUUGGGCUCUGUUGACACCCUCUGUCGCGCAGUUGAUUGAGCCAUCCACUGUUCCCGAGCUCAAGACGCUGGUCCUUGGAGGAGAGGCCAUGUCUCGCGCUCAUUUAAUGAACGCCUACGGACCCAGUGAAACAUCAGUGGUCGCUACAGUGAACUCUAGCGUUACGCUAGACUCUAGCCCUGCCAAUAUUGGUCGCGCUGUAGGGGGUCUCUGUUGGGUCGUCGACUCUACCAAUGUCGAUAGACUGUUACCUAUUGGCGUCGUUGGAGAACUUUUGGUCGAGGGCCCAAUUCUCUCUCAAGGAUAUCUCAAGAACCCUCAGAAGAACGCAGAGUCUUUCAUCACCAACCCGCGAUGGUGUAGCAAGUUCACCAGUGAGACAGCGAGCAGCGAGCGCAGGUUUUAUAGAACUGGUGAUCUUGUCAAAAUCUCCAAAGAUGGGUCUAUUGAGUUCCAAGGGCGAAAGGACAACCAAGUCAAGAUCAACGGCCAAAGACUUGAGUUGUCGGAGAUUGAGCAUCACUUGAACACGGAUGCGAUCGUUCAAGCUUGUCUGGCAUUUAUCCCGACGGCUGGACCGCUCAAAAGCCGUCUAGUCGCUGUCCUCUCACUGCAUUCAACUUUCGUCGCCAGAGGACCCGAUGAGAUGCAACUUGUCAUUGACUUUGCGCGUUCUGAAUUAACGAGUGUCCGCGAUAGUCUCACAGGACAAUUGGCUGCGUACAUGAUCCCAUCUACGUGGAUUGUCGUCAAUCGCAUUCCUCUUCUACCAUCUGGUAAGCUUGAUCGGAGACGGGUUGCCAACUGGGUUGAGGCAAUGUCGCCUGAGCAGUACCAGUUGGCUAUCGGCGCCCAAGACGAGAGCCACGCCUCUGGUCUAGACCGAGAAGCUACAGAUAUCGAGACUAGGCUCAGGGCUGCUUGGGCCAAGGUAUUAGGCAUUGAGGCUGACAGUGUGCCGUUUACGCGAUCAUUUAUCCAACUGGGAGGAGACUCAAUUUCGGCGAUGCAGCUGGUGGCCACCUGCAGAUCCUCCAACAUGGCUCUCUCAGUCAGUCAAAUCAUGCAAAGCAAGUCCAUCGUGAAGCUCGCAUCGUUUGUUCAGGCUGUAGAGGAUGUUACACAGGAUGAUGAACAAGAGGACAAGGCGUUCCCUCUGUCGCCCAUCCAGAAGCUUUACUUUGAGAGCAUGUAUUCCGGGUCUACCCACUUCAACCAGAGCAUGGUUCUCGAGACCACUCGGAAGAUCACACCUGGAGAUCUGUCAAGCGCCUUGGAAGCUAUCGUCAAAACCCACAGCAUGUUACGUGCUCGCUUCUCCGACGUUGAUGGGGCCUAUUCCCAGCGUAUAACUAGCGACAUUGCUGGUUCAUACGUGUUUGAGUCCCAUGUUGGUAUGGAUCAAUGCCGUGUAUCUGAAGUGAUCGAGAAGACUCAAAAGUCUUUGAACAUCUUCCAGGGACCAUUACUCGCAGCGGCGAGUAUUGAGAUGGAGGACACCGACAAACAAAUUGUCUUUUUAGCGGCUCACCACCUUGUUGUCGACGUCGUCUCUUGGAACAUCAUUUUGCAAGAUCUAGAAGGAUUGUUAUCAUCCUCUGUCUCCAAUCUGGCCAAACCACUUUCCUUCCAGACGUGGAACACGUUGCAACUCGAAGAAGCCCGCAACCAAACACCCGACCGCGUCUUUCACAACCUUCCCACACCUGCACAGGAUCUCGCCUACUGGGGAAUGCAGGCUGUGCCCAACAUUCAUGGCGACGUCAUGACAGAGACAAUUGAGAUCGCUUCAGAUGUGUCGCUUCAGCUUUUGGGAUCUUGCCAUGAGGCGUUCAACACCAAUAUUGUCGAUGUAUUACUUGCCUCUCUGCUAUCCUCAUUUCAUGAAGCAUUUCCUGACCGGCUUUCAAUGCCGACCAUCUUCAACGAGGGACACGGUAGAGAGCCUACCGACAAUAAGCUGGAUCUAUCGCUCACCGUAGGAUGGUUCACCACCUUGUGUCCUGUCUAUCUACCCGAGUUGCUCCCCGCGCAGCCAGAUAUUCUCGACAUCAUUUGCUGGGUCAGAGACUUCAGGCGGAGGAUUCCUGGUAAUGGUCGCCCUUAUUUUGCGCAUCAGAUGCUGUCGGAGGCAUGCCAAACAGAGUCUACAGAAUGGCCAGUGGAGCUAGCCUUCAACUAUCUCGGUCAAAGGCAGAAGACCGAAUCGGAAGGGUCUCUAUUCCAGUCGCUUGAUGGGGUACUAGCUUCAGUGGGCUCAGAGACAGAUAUCGGAGUUGAUGUGCCUCGACUCGCACUCAUUGAGAUAUCCGCUUCCUUUGGUAGAAAUGGCUUGAGUUUCAGCUUUUCCUACAACCGACAAAUGAAGUAUCAACCCGCCAUUAAAGAAUGGGUCAACAAUUUCUCAGUCACUCUCCAAACCGCUGUCGAACGAAUGUCUCAGGCCAAGGCCGAACCCCAGGAUCUCGACUUCUCUCUCCUCCCACUUGCCUUCAGAGCUGCCUCCAAGGUCGAUAUGAGACUUGCCGAACUAGGCAUUUCUUGUCGUGCCGAUGUUGAAGCUGUCUACCCUUGCUCCCCGGUCCAGAUGGGUAUUCUCUUUGCCCAGAUCAGAAACCCCGAGUUUUAUUCGUACUCGGUCACAUUUGGUGUUAAUUGCAUUGAACCAAGCCAUACGGUGGAUGUGCAGCGCCUGAGGGAUGCAUGGCAGCGCGUUGUACAGCGUCAUUCAACUCUUCGAACUACUUUUGUCGACGGCCUGUUGGAGGAGGGCGGCAUCAACCAAGUGGUUCUGCGCAAUCACUGCGCUGAAGUUUCCUUCUUCGAAUGUGCCGACAAUGACGAACUCCAAAUGAUCACUGGGCGCAUUACACCAAAAAUCAUGAGUAACAAGCCGCCUCAUCAUCUCAGCAUCUUUAGCGGUGCACAAGGAAAGGUAACUUGCGUUUUGGAAAUGAGCCACGCCUUAUCCGACGGGACGUCUAUGCCAAUUCUGUUCCGCGACCUGGCAAUGGCAUAUGAAGGAUCUUUGGACCCAACAAUUGUCUCAGCCUAUAGAGAUUAUGUCUCUUAUCUACAAUGCCAAGGCUCUCAUGACAUUGACUACUGGCGUGAGUAUCUGACUGGGGCCGAACCAUGCCAUUUACCCUCGGCGUCCAGAUCCACAGAGCCCAAGGUCUUGGGAUAUCUGGAUCAGACUAUCUCAUGCGCCGCCGAUCUACAGGCAUUCUGUACCGGGGCAGGUGUUACACUAUCCAACGUGCUACAGCUCGCCUGGGCAUUGGUCCUGCAAGCGUACACAGGCCACGACGAUGUCUGCUUUGGAUAUCUCCUUGCAGAUCGAGAUGCCCCGGUUGACAAUAUCGAUAACGCGAUCGGUGUUUUUAUCAACAUGUUGGUCCUUCGAGUGCGUCUUGGUUCAUCUCAAUCAGUCGGAGAUGCUCUCGGUGCUGUUCAGCAAGACCUCAGUGCUGCGAUAGGACACAAGAAUAUCUCUCUCACCGACAUACAACGAGUGACAGGUUUACUCAAUGAACCACUUUUCAACACGGCCUAUUCCUUCCAACGAAGAUCCAUCAGCAAGUCCAUGGCAAAUGGAUCACUCUCAUUCGACGUUAGGGAGGCGCAAGAUCCCAACGAGUACGACUUGACUGUCAACGUCGAAGUCUGGGACCAAGCUGCAGAACUACAACUGUGCUACUGGACAGACAAGAUAUCCGACUCGCAAGCCAAGAGCAUCGCCUCUACGUUUGACAAGAUCCUUACUUCAAUUACCUCGUGCGACUUGUCGCUUCCGACAAAUCAGCUCGACAUUGUCAGCGACGAUUGCGCGCAACAAUUGAUGCGAUGGAACAACACCGAACCAGCCCUCUUGGAUCAAUGUGUACAUAACGUAUUCGAGCGAAAUGUUCAAAGUCUUCCCAACGAUACGCCGGCCAUUGAAGCGUGGGAUGCAAGAUUUACCUACAGCGAGGUCGACGUGUUAUCUUCUCGAUUGGCCCACCGUUUACUGUCGCUUGGGAUUUUGCCAGAGAUGUAUGUUCCUCUGUGUUUCGAAAAGUCCGCAUGGACACCCAUCGCCAUGCUUGCGGUUCUCAAGGCUGGCGCUGCCUUUGUCCCAAUUGAUCCCAGCCACCCGCCUGAGCGAAUCGAGUUCCUGGUCCAAAACACCAGCGCCAAGCUCAUACUCUGCUCAACCUCCUUGGCAGACAAGUUCGACAUUGGUGUACCGUUCCUCGCCGUUGGUCAUGAGACGAUGUCUACACUAUCUGCCUUACCAGCAGCUUCGCCCUCAAUCCUGGUUCAACCAAGCCACCCAGCGUAUAUCAUCUUCACGUCAGGAACGACAGGUUUACCCAAGGGCACUGUUGUUGAACAUGCAGCAUUUACCACCGGAGGCACUGCUCAUGCCGCAGCUAUCAAGAUGACAUGCUCCUCUCGAGUCCUGCAAUUUGCGUCAUACACAUUUGAUGCCAGUAUCAUGGAGAUCUUGACCACAUUCUUGGUGGGUGGAUGUGUGUGCGUUCCGUCCGAUGAAGAGCGCAUGAAUGAUCUCGCAGGUGCCAUGGCUAAAUAUGAUGUCAACUGGGCCUUACUUACACCAUCUGUGGCAAAGGUGCUCAAGCCAGGUAGCGUCCCAGGUCUCAAAGUUCUCGUUACUGGCGGUGAAGCAAUGUCAACAGAUCACAUCACUAAGUGGUUGGGACACGCCGCGCUUAUUAAUGCAUAUGGACCAAGUGAGGCUUCAGUCAUCGCUGCAUCUCAUACCAAGGUCGACGAAAACGGGGCGAUCUUGAACGAAGAGCCCGCCAACAUCGGUCAUGCUGUUGGUUGUCGAACUUGGGUCGUCGAUCCUCACAACCACAACCACCUGAUGCCGAUUGGAAGUAUCGGAGAGCUUCUUCUAGAAGGCCCCAUUCUGGCUCGGGGCUAUCUGAAGAAUGAAACCAAGACGACAGAUGCUUUCAUCGAUUAUCCACCAUGGCGUGCGAAUAUGAGCCUCUCUGGCGACCGCGUCGAUCGGAUGUACAAGACUGGUGAUUUGGUUUCGCAGAACUCGGACGGUUCAUUGAACUAUGUCUCGCGCAAGGACACACAGAUCAAGCUCAAUGGACAGCGAAUCGAGCUUGGUGAGAUCGAACACCACGUUAGGGCCAACUUGCCAGCACACGUUCAAUCUGCUGUGGAAUUGGUCGUACCUCAAAGCAAGACAUCGACGAAGACGCUGGCUGCUUUCUUUACUGUUGACGAUCAUGAAGUUUUGAAGGAAACAAGCGAUCCUCUCUUACCCAUGUCAAGCGCUUACAUGGAGAUUGGCCAGUCACUAAAGACAGCCAUCAGGGUCGCUCUCCCAACUCACAUGGUACCAACUAUGUAUGUCCCAGUAACAAAGAUGCCUUGGACCUCAGCCGGAAAACUGGACCGCCAGAAAUUGAAGGCUAUCGUUCAGUCCGUAGCGCCUCAGGAUAUCGGGGGCUACAAGCUGGUUGGGGCCAGCAACAGCCGAGCCCCAACUACCAUGAUGCAGCGCAAGCUACAGAAGAUCUGGGCUGGUAUCUUGAACAUUCAUCCCAGCGCCAUCAGCAUUGACGACAGCUUCUUCAGACUUGGCGGUGAUUCAAUCAGUGCCAUGAAGGUUGUCUCUGCCGCCAGGAUGGAGGAAAUCUCUCUCACUGUUAUGGACAUACUCACUAGUCCGACCUUGUCGGAGAUGGCCACUUGCUGUAGCCACUCUGAGAACACUACCGUCAUGGAGGUCGAGCCCUUUUCGCUGUUGCAUGAUGCAGACUCCCCUUCUUCUCUACUCGAUGAGGUCGCAGAUUGUUGCGAUGUUCCUACAAGUCAGAUACAGGACUUGUACCCGUGCAGUUCUCUUCAGGAAGGUCUGGUAGCAGCCUCUAUGCAACAGCCCGGCGCAUAUGUCGCCAGAUACAUCUUCAAGGUGCCAUCAAUUAUCGACAUGGAGCGUCUCAAAAUGGCAUGGCAGAGCACUUCAAACCACGUCGACAUUUUGAGAUCACGCAUCGUGAAUGCUCGAUCCCUCAAGACUUACCAAGCUAUCUUGGAGCCACAUGCGAUCAAUUGGAAACACUACAGUAGUCUUGAAGCUAUCGCUGACAAGACCAUUCAGUUGCCGGAGCGGAAUGGAGGGGUAUUAGCAAAGUACGCCAUCAUCGACUCUUCCGAUCCCGAUCUUCGGUACUUUGUCUGGUCGGUACACCACGCCCUCUAUGAUGCCUGGAGUAUGCCGUCUCUACUCAACCUUGUUUCCCAAUUCUACCACGAGGCGACUGCACAACUCGCGCCACCUGUUCCGUAUGCGAACUUCGCCAGAUACCUGGUUGACAGUGAUGCACAAGCGUCUGAUGAGUUCUGGAAGGCAACGUUUCAAAACGCUUCUGGCGUAUCGCACUUUCCAACCGCCACCCCAUCAGACGAAGAGUCGACCUAUUCUUCACUUCAACACACGAUUCAGUGCAGGAGAGACGACCUUGGUGCUGAUAUAACUAUCCCAACGAUCGUCCGCGCAGCUUGGGCGCUUCUUCUAGGAGCUCAUACUGGGGCGGAUGAUGUUGGCUUCGGCGAGACGCUGUCUGGUCGUGACAUUGCUCUGGAACAUGUUGAAGAUAUCCUCGGCCCAACUCUUACCACAGUCCCUUGGAGGGUCCAGAUUGAUCGAAGCGCUACCGUUGGACACUUCCUUCAAUCUCUCCACAAGAAGUCAGCCGAAGUCAUUCCCCAUCAGCACGCCGGACUCCAGCACAUCAAGCGUCUCGGGGGUUCAAUCGCCGUUGCUAGCGACUUUAGGAACCUGCUUGUCAUUCAGGCCAGUGAUGAAGCAACAGAUCAUCAAGACCUUCUGCAACCACUCGAAGAAAAUGGGGAUCACAAGAACUUCUUUACUUACCCACUGGUUGUUGAAUGCGCAAUUGAACUUGACAAUUUGGUGCUGACGAUCCACCACAAUGAGACUGUCCUGACAAGUUGGCAGGUAGAGCGCCUUGCUCACCAAUUCGACACGCUUGUCAAUCAGCUCAGUCGUCUAUCACAAGAGCCGGAUCGCAAGGUGGCGGAGCUUCAAUUCUGCAGUGCAGAAGAUCUCCAGAUGAUUGAAGGCUGGAAUCACGGGACUUGCGACGCAGUACGUGAUACUAUUCCCAGCUUGUUCUGGCAGUCGGUAGCUACACAUCAUGAUGCCACCAGUAUCCGCGCCUGGGACGGUCAUCUUACCUACGGUUCCCUGGCACAACACGCUGGGCGUCUGGCGAAGCGCCUUAUCGAGGAAGGCGUUAGAGCUGAAACCAUGGUACCUUGCUGCAUGGACAAGUCUCUUUGGACUACAGCAGCGAUGCUUGCUGUGGUUCUUGCUGGUGGUACCAUUAUCCCACUGGAUCCCGCUCACCCUCGUGCCCGACAUGCAGAGAUUGCCCGCGAAUGCAAAGCCAGUAUUGCUUUGUGUUCACCGGAUUAUCGAGACCGCUUUGUCGGCGUUGUUCAGACUGUCAUUGCUAUUGACCAGGCGCUCUUCAAUGAACAUCUUUGUCAAGAUCAUGUCGCCUCUGAAGAUCUACCACUUGUCGCGGACAAGGAUGCUGCGUUCGUGAUAUACACUUCUGGCAGUACUGGUAAAGCCAAGGGAGUCGUAAUUGAACAUGGCUCAUUUGUGGCAAGCUCCAGAGCCUACACCAAACACAUGCACCUUACUGCUACCUCGAGUGUCUUCCAUUUCACAUCAUACGCUUUCGACAUCGCAAUGGGAGAGACUUUUGGCGCCCUCACUAACGGUGCUUGUCUCUGUGUUCCCAGUGAAGAAAUGAGGGUUGCGGACUUACCGGGCGCCAUGAAUACUCUUGGGGCAACGUGGGCCUUUUUGACUCCCUCGUUGGCCAACAUGCAGGACCCCUCCAUGUUCAAGACACUCCAAACACUUGUCUGUGGAGGCGAAGCUAUGACUUCAGAAACCGUCAGCAAGUGGUCUAACAAGGUCAAGCUGAUUAAUGGUUAUGGACCUGCUGAGUGCACUGUGUUUGCUCUCGCCAAUUCCAACGUCUCGGAGGAUCAGGAUCACUCUAACAUUGGCCGGGCCAUGGAUGGGUGUCAAACUUGGAUCGUCGAUACCAGAGAUCACAACAAACUUGUUCCUGUGGGCUGUGAAGGUGAACUACUCAUCAGUGGUCCCAUUCUGUCCCGUGGUUACCUCAAUGACAGUGCAAAGACAUCACAAUCAUUCAUCGAGGACCCAGCAUGGAUACAUCACUUUGACGACAAGAACCAUCAGAAGCCCGUUCGUCUUUACAAGACAGGUGACUUGGUCAGGUAUCGCCCAGAUGGGAACCUGACCUUUAUUGGUCGCAAAGACAAUCAGGUCAAGCUUCACGGUCAGCGCAUGGAACUGGGUGAGAUUGAGGCCUGUCUUGAGUCUGACCCACGACUUCGCAACGCUCUUGUCGCACUUCCAAAGUCGGGAGUCUUUAAAGGCAGGCUGGUUGCCGUGCUCUCAUUCAAAGAUUCUGACUCUCAUAAUCCGGGCCUUGUUUCUUCACAGUUCAGUCCAAUUUCCGAGUCUGCCAUGAAGGUAGCUCGACUACAUCUUGCUGACUUGCAGCACAUUCUCUCCGAGAACCUGCCGCCGUACAUGAUGCCUUCGUCAUGGCUUGUGGUCGAAGCUAUCCCGUUACUACUAUCUGGAAAACUUGACAGGGCCAGUACUCAGAAAUGGCUCACCGAAAUGGCAGCAGAGACGCCUGAGUUUUUGUUAGACCAACAGCUUAGCCAGGACGCCGGAGCUACUGACACGACGUUUGUUGGACAACUGCUGCGAAAGAUCUGGGCUUCAGUACUUCGUAUUCCAGAUGAAUCAAAAUUGUCAGGUCGCUCCUUCAUAUCUCUUGGUGGCGACUCCAUCAUGGCCAUGCAAGUCAUGUCUCGCUGUCGCGAUCACUCCAUUCAAUUGACCAUGCGAGACAUUAUGAGUGGCAAGUCUAUCUCUGACUUGGUUACACUCAUUGAGAAAGAAGGCCGCGGAAAACAAACCGUCAAUCCCGAAUAUGAAGACGAUAACAGUCAGCCAUUUGCAUUGUCGCCGAUUCAGCAGCUGUUCUUCAACAACAGUUCCAACAAGGAUCGCGGAGACCGCUUCAACCAAAGCCAGCUCUUUUCGAUCAUAGAGUCUAUUGACAAAGACACAUUCGCCAACGCGAUCCAUGCACUGGUGCAGAGACACCCUAUGCUUCGUGCGCGCUUCAACAAGUCUUCCACUACUGGGCAGUGGUCUCAGCAGAUCGCUCCAGAUACUCAAGAUUCGUACGGCCUUCAUUUCCACGACGUCAGCGACGCCUCCCAAAUCGCUCGACAAAUUGCUGCCAGUCAAGAGAGUAUCGACAUUUCCAGCCCAGUAUUUAUUGUAGACCUAUUCAGAAUGCCUGGUGGCUUCCAUCAUGUGUCCUUGGUCGCUCACCAUCUUGUCGUCGACGUUGUGUCCUGGAUCAACAUCGCUCAAGACCUCGAGACAUUGAUUUCAUCUUCUCCUUCCAUGCCAUCAAAGCCUCUGACGUUCCGCAAGUGGAAUGCAGAACAGAUUGAGCAUGCUACAUCAAUGGCGAAGAACAGUGAAGACUUACUGCCAUUCACUGUCACUCAACAGUCAUUUUCUCUUUCGGAUACCGACAUCGUCUCUUUACUGUUGGGCGACGCUCAUCAAGCGCUCAGAACGGAACCUCUUGAUCUUUUCAUCUCGGCCCUGCUCAUAUCAUUUGGGCAGUGCUUCCCAGACCGUCAACUCCCAACGCUAUUCAACGAAGGUCACGGCCGUGAACCUUGGGACGAUAGUAUUGAUCUUUCUCAAACUGUUGGAUGGUUCACUUCACUUUGUCCUAUCGAUGUAUCACAUAACAACGUCGAUCCUACCGACACCAUUGACUAUGUUCGCAAAGUCAAAGACGUGCGACGUGCCAUACCCGGCAAUGGUCGCCCUUACUUCGCUCAGCGCUACCUAACCGACUCUGGGAAGCAAUGUAUUGACAGUCAUGAGCCAAUGGAGAUUCUUCUCAACUUCCUGGGCCGGUCGCAACAGUCGGGCGAGGACGAUUCAAUUCUGCGAUUGUCCAACCUCUCCAUGAGCGACGAAGACAUGGCAUCUAUAUCAGAUGUCGGUCCCGAAACUCGCCGCCUAGCUUUAUUUGAGCUAUCCAUCUCCAUUCUAGAUGAAGGAAUCCAAUUUACCUUCAUGUACAACAAGAACAUGCUCCACCAAGACCUCAUCCAGCAGUGGGUGACCACCUGCAAGGAGGUUCUGAGUAACAUGGCAAUGGAGCUCAGCACAGCUCCAUCUUGUCCCACCAUUAGCGACUUUCCACUCAUGUCGCUGGACUACGCCGAACUUGGCAAGCUGGCGACCAAGUCUCUGCCUGCCGCUCAUGUUCGUUUUGAUGAGGUGGAGGACAUGUAUCCUUGCUCGCCCAUGCAAAUGGGGAUACUACUCAGUCAGCUGCUAGACCCGUCGCAGUACUUGUUCUACGCUGUCCUCGAAGUGUCCACCCCUAGUGGCUCAGCCAUUGAUGCUGCUAAGCUUGCUCAGGCUUGCUCCGAAGUUGUUGAGCGUCAUGCUGCACUGCGAACUGUCUUCAUCGAGAGUGUUCGUAGUGGUGGCUCCUUCGACCAGGUCGUUCUACGUCCUGGCAAGCCUCGAAUCGCCACCUUCAAGUGUCGCGAGAUUGAUGUCAUGGCCAAGUUGAACACUAGGUCGCUCGGCAAGGCCAACAAGAGACACGGAGUGCCCAUUCUUCCCUACCAGGUCACAAUAUGCGAAACACCACAGGGCAAGGUUUUCAUCAAGCUUGAGAUGAACCAUGCUGUCACAGACGGUGCGUCCACAGCAAUCGUCCUUCGCGAUAUCUCCAGCGCAUACGCCAAUAGCCUGCCUUCGGGGGCUCCAUCGUACAAGGAGUACAUCAAUUACAUCACGAAGCAACCAAGUGAUUCAAGUUUGAUGUACUGGAAGAGCUACCUAUCCGGCGCCAGACACACUGAGUUCCCGGCCUUGAACUCGGAUCACAUCGCAGGUCGGAGCCUAGGGUCUAUCGCCGUCGAGUUUGACCGAUUUUCUGAACUGCAAUCACUCGGUCUGGUUGCCGGUGUGACAUUCUCAAAUAUGAUCAUGGUGGCAUGGGCACUCGUACUUCGCAAAUACACCAAUUCUCAAGACGUCUGCUUUGGGUAUCUGGCUUCUGGUCGCGACGCUGACAUUGAUGGCGUUGACGAGAUUGUUGGCCCAUUGAUCAACAUGCUCGUCUUCCGCUUCCAAUUUACGCACGGUAUGCUUCUAAAGAGACUCUUCCUCGACACCCAAGAGGACUACGCCAACAGUCUCCCACAUCAACAUUUCUCUCUCGCUCGUGUUAGUCAUGAGCUGGGACAAUCCAAACGAGGUUUCUUCAACACGGCAGUGUCCAUUCAAAACGCCGGUGCAUCAAGCGACGCAGACUUCAGUGCGCUCAAGUUCGAGUCAGUGGAUGCCUUUGAUCCAAGCGAAUACGCCGUCACGCUCAACGCAAACACCACCCGCGGCGAUGAAGGCAUUGUGUUCCGCUAUUGGACCAACAUCCUUUCUCAUUCUCAAGCCAAAGAACUUGCCAUCGUCAUGUCGGAGGUACUAAGCGACAUGAUAGAUCACAGCGAGGAAGCCUUGUCGCAUUUGCGGGUAUCGCAAGACUCGUCGCUCCCCACCAAUCCCGCACAAGAUUUGCAUGGAUGGACCUUUGAGCACAGCGAUACAAGUGAGCAGUUCAAGACAACCAACUCGACAAUCAGCAGCUACUCUACCGGACCCGGUGCCACACUUUUCUCGCCAGCAACAUCUUGGGGUUCGUUGCCCCGGGACAAGGAUCAGGUCUACAACAAACUGUCGACUUUAUGGAAGCAACAUCUCGAUGUUGCAACAACUGACCUCACAUACGACGGGAGCUUUUUCGAGUACGGCGGCGACUCCAUCAUUGCAAUGGCAAUGGUAGGCGAUGCUAGAGAUCAGGACCUACCACUCACGGUGGCCGACAUCUUCAAAAACCCGUCCUUUGGCACUUUGCUGAAUUGUCUCAGAGAUAAGUCAUACAGGGACGGAGACAUGGUGUCCAGCGAUGGAAACAUAUCCCUUUCAGGCUCAAAGAAGGAAGGUGUCGUUAUGGAUGAACAUACAUAUGAGCCACUCUCUCUUCUUCCUCAGCAGAACGCUGAACAAUUCGUCCGAGAGCACGUAUGUCCUGUUGUAGGAGUUUCCCGAGCCAGCAUCACAGAUGUCCUCCCAACAACCGACUUCCAGGCUCAAGCCGUGGAAGGAAGCCUCCUUGAUUCACGAUGGAUGCUGAAUUAUUUCUACCUUGAUGGUGAAGGGCCGAUUGACGUCGCUCUUCUGCAAGAGAGCAUCACAAAUGUCAUCGCUUCCUACGACAUUUUGCGCACCGUCUUCGUUCCGUACCAGGCAACUUACCUGCAAGUCAUCCUCCGACAUGUCCAGUCCGAACUUGUUUUCCACGAUGUGGACGACGUUGAACAGUUUACCUUGGAUCUCGAAUCAGAUCACCUCCGACAAGUUCCUAGCCCUGAGAAGCCUUCACUCCGCUUUAUUUUGGCUCGACAUGAGCCCUCAGAACGACACAGGCUCUUCAUCAGAUUGUCCCACGCACUUUACGACGGCGUUUGCUUCCCCACUAUCCUCAACGCUUUGAAGGCCUCUUACGAAGGCGAGCCGAUUGCUACAACAUCUUCCUAUGCGACUUAUAUCCACGGCUUGUUCAGCAAGGCCAAUACUGACCAACACACGUACUGGAGAUCUCUUCUCAAGGGUUCCGCUCCAACAAACCUUAUCCCACGUCAAUGCCGUUCGAUGCGCACAAACCCUACUGAAGUAUUGAGAAAGAUCGUGGCCACGCCUUCGCUUGCGACUGUCAACAUCACCACCGCCACCGUUAUCAAGGCGGCAUGGUCCGUGGUUCUAGCAAAGAAUACCGGAACGCGUGAUGUUGUCUUUGGUCACCUCAUUAGUGGGCGGAAUUCACGCCAUGUUCCUGGAAUUGAAGCCAUCGUCGGCCCUUGCCUCAAUGUGGUUCCUGUGCGCGUUCAAUACCAAGACUCUUGGACGGUGCUGGACCUUCUCCAACACAUCCAGCAUCAACAGGUAGACAACAUACCGCACGAAUCACUUGGCUUCAGACAGAUCAUCCAAAACUGCACGAACUGGGACGAUGAUGGAACCAACGGAUUUUCCACUGUUGUUCAGCACCAGAGCAUGGCUCAAACAGGGAGCUUAGACAUUGGCGACAACACGUACGAGGUUGGUGUCAUAGCUUCACAGGAAGACACGGCCGACUUUAGUGUUGUUACCACGCCACAGGACUCGAGUAGCACUGAGGUCUGUUUCUUGUAUCGUGAGGGAGGAGUCGAGAGGACGGAGUUUGCUGAGAAAUUAUUCGAUUGUCUGUGUAGUACAAUUGGGGAGUUAUCUACGGAUGUGAAGACACCGUUGGUGUCUUUGAUGUAA